AGGGGUGAGCUGACACUGUCCCAGCUGCCACCUAGACGAGAAGCUUCAUUCAAAGUCCCAGGGAAGACGUCACAGUCAUGGCCAUGCAAAAAAUCUUUGCCCGAGAAAUCCUGGACUCCAGGGGCAACCCCACAGUGGAGGUGGACCUGCACACCGCCAAGGGUCGGUUCAGAGCAGCUGUGCCCAGUGGCGCGUCCACGGGUAUCUAUGAAGCGCUGGAACUAAGAGAUGGAGACAAAUCACGCUACCUGGGGAAAGGAGUGCUGAAGGCUGUGGAGCAUAUCAACAAGACCCUAGGUCCUGCUCUGCUGGAAAAGAAACUAAGUGUUGUGGAUCAAGAAAAAGUCGACAAAUUUAUGAUUGAGCUGGACGGGACGGAGAAUAAGUCCAAGUUUGGGGCCAAUGCCAUCCUGGGCGUGUCCUUGGCCGUUUGUAAGGCAGGAGCAGCUGAGAAAGGGGUCCCUCUCUACCGACACAUCGCAGAUCUUGCGGGAAAUCCUGAUCUCGUACUUCCUGUACCUGCCUUCAAUGUGAUCAAUGGGGGCUCUCAUGCUGGAAACAAGCUGGCCAUGCAGGAGUUCAUGAUUCUGCCAGUGGGAGCCAGCUCUUUCAAGGAAGCCAUGCGCAUUGGCGCCGAGGUCUACCACCACCUCAAGGGGGUCAUCAAGGCCAAGUAUGGGAAGGACGCCACCAAUGUGGGGGACGAGGGCGGCUUUGCUCCCAACAUCCUGGAGAACAAUGAGGCCCUGGAGCUGCUAAAGACAGCCAUUCAGGCAGCUGGUUACCCAGACAAGGUGGUAAUUGGCAUGGACGUGGCAGCAUCUGAAUUCUAUCGCAAUGGGAAGUAUGAUCUGGACUUCAAGUCACCUGACGAUCCUGCACGGCAUAUCAGUGGGGAGAAGCUUGGAGAGCUGUACAAGAACUUCAUCAAGAACUAUCCUGUGGUCUCCAUUGAAGACCCCUUUGACCAGGAUGACUGGGCCACAUGGACCUCAUUCCUCUCGGGAGUGGACAUCCAGAUUGUGGGAGAUGACCUUACAGUCACCAACCCCAAGAGGAUCGCUCAGGCUGUUGAGAAGAAGGCCUGCAAUUGCCUGCUACUAAAGGUCAACCAAAUUGGCUCAGUGACAGAAUCCAUCCAGGCCUGCAAACUGGCACAAUCUAAUGGCUGGGGGGUGAUGGUGAGCCACCGCUCUGGGGAGACUGAAGACACUUUCAUUGCUGACCUCGUGGUGGGACUCUGCACAGGACAGAUCAAGACUGGUGCCCCAUGUCGUUCAGAGCGUCUGGCCAAAUACAACCAGCUUAUGAGGAUUGAAGAGGCUCUUGGAGACAAAGCUGUCUUUGCUGGACGAAAGUUCCGUAAUCCAAAGGCCAAAUGAGAAGCUGGAGGCUCCAGGACUCCAAAGAACAGACACAGGCCUUCAAGCCCUUCUCCCUGAAAUAAACAAUGCCAAAAGA